CUGUCCCUGUCCCCGUUGUGUCUCGGCAGAGAAUUCCUUGAUGCGUUUCGUCAGUGAAGAUAAGCGGCCGGCCGAGGACUUCCUGCUGGGACGCAGUCUGAGUCAGAACAGGAGGAAAGCCGAGCGGGGGGGCAGCCCCACCCACUACACGCUCAUCCCCGCCCUUCAGAUGGACGUCCCCAUGUCCACGUCCAGCUCCGACUCCACGUCCCUGUACCACGUGUUCGAGCGGACGUCCCUGCUGUCGAGGUCGAAGAAGAAGAGCAAAGCUGAAAGUCCUCUGCCGUCCAUCAGCAAGAGACGCAUUUCCUGCAGGGACCUGGGUCAAGGAGACUGCGUGGGCUGGCUGUGGAAGAAGAAGGACGCCAAGACGUACUUCUCCCAGAAGUGGAAGAAGUACUGGUUCAUCCUGAAGGACACCUGUCUGUACUGGUACAUGAACGAGGAGGAUGAGAAAGCCGAGGGCUUCGUCAGCCUCCCAGAGUUCAAGAUCGACCGAGCCACAGAGUGCAGGAGGAAAUU